AUGGCUGAGCUUGUUUUAAAGAUUCAAAGCUUUCCAAUCAUCAUUCAACUUUCUGAUGUCCUAAUUCCAGUCGGUGAAAUAAAUUUUCCAGCAGUAACAAUUUGCCGUGGACUACUUUUAAGGAAUGAUUUACAAAACGAAUCAAAAGUGUUUAUUCCACAUACAAAACGAGAAUACAAGGAACAUUAUGAAAAAGUUUUUAAUAUUUCUGAAGCCGAUGUUGAAUUUCCAUUACUUUUUGAAGAAGUUCCCGAAAAGCUUGAAACUUCUGGAAUUAAUUUAAACGAAAUUAAGAUGUUUACCCUUAAACGCCUUCAAAUCAUCGACUUAAUCACAAAAAGUGGAAUUUUUCAACGUCAAAACAUCUCAAUUCCAACCGAUGACUUUCUAGCAAUUAUUAACACAUUCAGCAAGCAUUUCGAUGGAAUUCAACUUUAUAGAUGGCACAACAUAUUUAAUUCAUAUUCAUCGGAAAUUAUCACUGACAUGGGACUGUGCAACACAAUCAAUAUUGCGAAUUUAUCAGAUGUCCUUCAUACUGAUGUCGUGUCGCAUGACUUUCAUUAUCAAUUGACUUACUUGUCACACACUGAUAUUCAUCGAAACUUUACUAGACCUUUUAGGACGUCAACAUCAAGUGCUGGAUUGGAUGUUUUAAUGGAUAUGGAGUCAGAUUAUGAUGUUGAUGUGCAGUAUUAUAGUCCACCUUGGAUUUCAUCGCUUAAAAUCAGAGGAGCUUAUCUUCUUAUCCACGAUCCAUAUGAAUUGCCAUCAACUGAUUCUUUAAUCAUUCCUGCAAAUGUUGAUACAAUGAUGAAUAUUUGGCUGAACCCUGAGCUUAUUAAAACUGAUUAUUUACUUAAAGCAUAUAGCUUAAAAGACCGGAAUUGCUUCUUAAAUCAUGAAAAGAAGCUCAGGUUCUUCAAAGUUUACACAAAAACCAACUGUGAGCUGGAAUGUCUGACUGAAUUCAUGAUCAGUCACUGUAAUUGUGUUGAAUUCUUCAUGAUUCGAAAUAGAACAACAAAGAUAUGUUCUGCAAAUGAAAAGAGUUGCUACGAUGAAGCUAAACAGAAAUUUGAAAGCAGAAGAAGUGACUGUGGAUGUCUGCAACCUUGCGACUAUGUUAACUACAAGACAGAAAUUGAGACAAAAAUUUUAUUUAUAGAUUGGGCUAUGGCAGUGCAUGUGUUAUUUUGGAUAUUUUCAUUCAUUCUUUCGAUAAUUGCUUGUUUCUGGUUAAUUUCUGGUGUUAAUGAAAAAGUUCCAAACAGUCGGGCCAUGUCAAUUGAUGAAAAUGUGAGAUUUUUGCAAGAUAUUCCAUUUCCAGCACUGACAAUUACACCGGAUAUGAAUUUUGAUGAACUCACUUACGAAUAUACUUUAGAGUAUGAAUUUCAAAAGAGUAUCAAAAAUAUGUCAAAAGAGGAACUUCAGAAAUAUGAACAACUAGACCAAGAGCUCUUCUACAUCUCAAAUAUCACAACUCAUCAGAAAAACUCAACACUUGAGCCAAUCGACCCGAAAUUAUACCCAAUAACUGUAAACAGCUUUAGUCGUUCAGAAUUCACAAUCAAAUUAUCCAAACAAACUCUCGGAAAUGGCUUCUUUCGAUGCAAAACUCCGUCCUUCAAAAUCCACAAAUCUCAUGAAUUUCCAACAUUUUUUGAGCAAUAUUCAUUCACAGAAUUCGAUUAUGGAUCACAAAUUGAUAUCGAAGUAACUCCAGAGAUUAUUCGAACAGAUGCAAUUUUAUUAAAAUUAAGCCCUGCUGAACGUGAGUGCUACCUUCCUGGAGAAAAAAGAUUAAAAUUCUUUAAAAUUUAUUCGCAAAAGAAUUGCGAAAUUGAAUGCUUCACAAACUACACAAUUGACAUCUGCAACUGCACAGCUUUAUUCCAGCCUUACAAUCCAUCGAAAGGCAUAAGUCACUGCAUUAUUCAAGACCCAAACAGCCUAGACUUCUGCUACAGAUACCUAAAAUCAAAUUUAACAACAUCGGAAAACUUUUCAAUCGAGCGGAACUGCUCGUGCCUGCCAACAUGCGAUUCAGUCAAUUAUAAAAUAAAAUACAGAACAGAACUUAAUGAAAGUAAUGAGACAACAAUCAGAAUCCGAAUGAAUAUAGACGAUUUAGUUUUGUAUCGACGAUAUCAGCAGUUUACAUCCUCAGAUGUCAUUUCGUAUGUUGGCGGACUUUUGGGACUUUUUGCUGGCAUAUCAAUGCUGUCAAUUGUUGAAAUUUUUUACUUUAGUACUAUCAGACUUGCUGUUGAUCUGUGGCGAGUUAGGACUGAAUUAAAAAUGGAGCUUAAAUUCAUUGUGUUGUUUGCUUUAGUAUCAGCAGUUUGUGCUGAGCUUUACGAUCCAAUUGAUUUGUCAAAUAUAGCUACAAUUGAGGAAAGACCAGGAUUUUGGGAUAACAGAAAUCCAGAAUUGAGACCAAGGCCAGUUGUAGACCCACGCAGAAGCUCAAGAAUCAUUGGUGGAUGGGAAGUUGAGCCACACUCACAUCCAUAUGCAGUCUUUGUUUUAUCAUCUCUCGGUUCAAGUAGCUGGCGAUGUGGUGGAUCAAUCAUCAGUCCAAUUGCUGCAUUGACUGCUGCUCACUGUCCUGAAGGAACAACAAGUGCACUUAUCAUUGCUGGUGCUCACAACAUCAACCAGGUUGAAGCAACACAACAAAGACGAACAGUUCCACUAGCAGACUACAGACUUCAUGAAGGCUACAAUCCACCAUCUCUCAGAAAUGACAUUGCAAUUCUUUUAAUCAGAAGCAGUCCAAUUUUGGAAAGUCGAGAAAUUCGCUACCCACAACUUCCUCGAUCAUUAGUCGGUGAACUUUUUGCUGGCGAGACAGUUUCAAUUGUUGGAUGGGGAAGAACUUGUGCAGCAUGCAACACAUCACCAGUACUUAGAGGAGUGACCAACUUGAUCAUCACAAAUGCUCAGUGUAAUACAUUCUACAGCGGUAUUGUUGAACAUCAAAUGUGUAUGUCGACAGUUGGGCAGCAAGGAACUUGCCCAGGCGACUCUGGUGGGCCAUACACACUACCAUACUCGGGGGCUGGUGGUGCUUUGCCAUUUGUACAAAUCGCUGUUCACAGUUUUGGAGCUAGCAGUGCUGUUGGUGGAUGCGAUGCUCAACGACCAAGUGGUUCUGUCCGUACAAACUUCUUCUUAGACUGGAUUGACGCAACAGCUAGAUUGUAAACUUUGACUUAACUUGUGAAUUUUGUGUGAUAUCAAUUUAAAAUGAAUAAAAAAUUAUAUUUUGAUGAUCUUUAAAUUAAAAGAAUUUUAAAUCAGGAAUCUGAUUGAGUUUUAUCCACAAAAUUUGUUCAAAUGAUUUAAAGUUCAAUUAAAAAAGAUUUGUCAAAUAAGCCUGUUAAUUACUUUAGUGAUAAG